AGAAUGUCAGAGAAAGUUGUGUUGGAGAUGAGCGCGCAACGAGAAGCGACACGGCUCCAUUCCACCUGUCCCGGGCUGUUUUAGACAUUAUUUCUGCACGUCUGUGAGCGGAGAGGACAGGAUUAGAGCUGGUAUUUGCUCUAGAGAAGCGCGCGCGACUUACCUGGACAACUUUGGAGCGCGCGUGGCACAAAGCGCAACAAUGAAUGACACGGAGAUAUUCUGCAAAAACAACCAAACUGAGAACUUAACCGACUCACCGUGUCCCAUCCCGUCCCCGUACAGCUACAUCGACAUCACCACGUUCAUGCACAUCUUUCCAUCCAUCUAUGGGAUCCUGUGCUCUGUGGGAGUCAUCGCCAACGGACUCGUCAUUUACGCAGUGGCCGCGUGCAAAAAGAAGAUGGUUUCGGACAUUUACGUGUUAAAUCUGGCCAUCGCAGACAUGCUGUUCCUCCUGGUCAUGCCUUUUAACAUCCACCAGCUGGUCCGGGACAGGCAGUGGGUCUUUGGAAACUUCAUGUGCAAAGCUGUGGUGGUGGUGGAUGUGAGCAACCAGUUCACCACCGUGGGUAUUGUCACUGUGCUGUGUAUUGACAGGUACAUAGCGAUCGUCCACCCCACGUCAGAGCGCAGGACCAUCCAGUGGACCAUCAUCAUAAACCUGCUGGUGUGGGUGGGCAGUUUCCUCCUCACCGUCCCCGUCAUGCUCUACGCCAAAGUGGAGAAACGCCAAACCAUGGAGGUGUGCAUGAUGUACCUGGACGGGCCCGAGGAUAUGUACUGGUACACGCUUUACCAGUCCAUCCUGGGCUUCAUCAUCCCCCUCAUCAUCAUCAGCACAUUCUACUCGCUCACCUUGUACCACGUCUUCAGCUCCGUGCGGCGAGUCAAACGCAAGAAGUCGGUUUGGGCCAAAAGAGCCACCAAAAUGGUCCUCAUGGUCAUCGCCUUGUUUCUUAUUUGCUGGUCGCCUUAUCACGUGAUUCAAGUGAUCAAUUUGAGCAACAACACCCCAACUGUGUCGUUCAUUUAUGCCUAUAACAUAAGUAUUUGUCUGAGUUAUUCACACAGUUGUAUUAAUCCGCUCAUGUUGUUGAUUUUUGCCCAAAAUUACCGGGAGCGACUCUGCAAGAGGAACGCCCUGCACAGCUCCCAGCAGUCGUCCAAAGUCACAGUGGUCAAAAUGGACGGCUCGAGUACGACCAAUGACCCCAACUAUCGCUGCACGGUGAUAUGACCCUUGACAACUUUGACAAAAAAGACAAAAUGUUCAACAACUGCUCAAUCAAACUAUACCGGAAGCCUCGGCGUACAUGUCCGUGUACACUGGACAUGCCGUGUAUGUUUGAUCUGGAAAAACUGAGGGAAUUUUAACUUUUUAUCGUGAAAUGUUUAUGAAGAUUCAAGGAACUUUUGCGACCCUUAUUGGCAAGAAAAUAAAAACAUGCUGGUCAGUGUCUAUUUGCAGUGAUCUCUGUAAAAAAAGGAGCAUUUUAAAGGUGCAUUUUUGUAUCUUUUCUGCUUGUGCUCACUGAUAUUUUAGCUUUGCCUGGAAUAUUCCACAGUACGGUCGCCCACUCGCAGUAAAACCUGUAACCUGAUCUGUAACUUGCCCUGGUGGCAUCUCCUGCUUGUCCCCCAUCGGCAUAGAUAAAGUUUAAAACCAUACUCAAUAAGAUCUUGCUUUGCCUUAUUGAGGUGGCUUGAACAAAAAUGUCUGUCAGAUAAUAUUUAGUUUGUUGAAGCGUUUAAAACCCAGGUUGAAAUCUCUCCACUGAUUUGAGCGGUCGAUUUGUAGUUAACGUAAGUCUCAUGACAUCUGGGUCAGUGAGUUUCAAGUAAGUGGGCCAAACAGGAGUAGAUAGUGAAUCACUGGCUUUGUCUGCUGUAGAGUCACUGUCUGCACUUGUGCUGCGCCUGUAGUGCUCCGACAGUGACCAGCAUUUGAUGUGGAAACCAAAAAUGCCACAAAGGGUUAGACUUUUAAGACAUGUAUUUAUACUCUUCUAUUCACUAAAGCUGUCGUAUCCAAAUACUACACGGAAUCAAUAUCAUUUUGUAUGAAGUAGUUUUGUUUUCACGCCCUGGUUGGUGCAAAAUAUAUAUUUAAAUCAGCUUUUAUACAUCAAAUGAUUUUCCUUUCCCUACUACCUACUACUAAAGUGUCUCUAACUCUAAAAAUGUGCCUCAGAAUAUGCAGUAAUUACUACACAGAACACUGUAACCCUAUUUUGUUUUUAUAGCAGAUGUCCUUCCUGACAGAACCAUCUUUAUUAAGUCGACUGUAGCCAUCGUAAAUGUUAUUGUUUGAGACUGAUGUAUUUGUUGCUUGAUACACAGGGUUUUUUUGCAUUUUCCACGGACAAUGAAUCUUGAACAAAAGGCAUGACAUUUUUUUUCAAACCUGUAAAGACUUAAAUACACAAUGCGGAAUGAUUUGUUACUCCAGAAGUAGGAGGAAUUCAGAGUUUUGACUCAUUUCGGCUUUAAAUCAUCAUGAGAAGUGUCCGCUCUGAUGCAUUGUCCUCUGAGGGUGAAUUUGAUCAUUGUAAAAAAAGACUUUGGAGUAAAGUGUUUGUCCCUGGUGGUUGGUGAAUCACACGGCCUAGAGAUCCAGGCCACCGUGUUCUUUAAGACACUUUUCCAUUGCUUUGUUGCCACUGAGACAAGAGGCUAUUAAACCUCAGACACACAAGUGCAAGUCUGACCUCAGGAGACGACGUUAACAUCACCUCUCGGGUCACAUGAGGUGGAAGCGUCUCUAAAGAUAAAUGGAUUUUGGUCAUACUUUUACAAGCGCUUUGUUAUUUGCUACCUGGUUGUCUCCGUGGGUAUUACUUUGCCUGAAAAUUCCACAGUAUGGCAUUAAAUUCAUACGGCAAAUGGUAAAUGGUCACGUUUUUAGCAAGCGCUGUUCCAUAUUCAAGGCGUUCAAAGCGUUUUACAUGAAGGAACCACUCGCCCAUUCACACGCAGACACUGGGGGUGAAGUGGGUUAAGUGUCUUGCUCAAGGACACAACAAUAACAUUCACCUGUGGGAGCUAAAAUCGCACUGCCAACCUUCAGAUCAGUGAACAAACGCCCUACAAACAGGUCUGAUCUGCGAGAGAUGGACCUACUCGCACUAAGAAGGUUUUUUUCUUUCUGUCUCUGAGGCUUUUAAGACCAAAAACAACUGAAUAAAUGCAAGGUAGAUACAUUUAAAGCCAUACAGCGGAACUUUCCAGGUAAAAAACAUGCAGAAAAGCAGGUGCCAGGACCUCGCGCCCCCACCUUAAAAGUUAUUGCGUGUUUUAAAGUUAUCAUCUACUAUUUCUGCGACAUAGAGUAGAUUUGUAAAUGUUUCCCUAGUUGUAUUUUUUUUCUGAAACCUGCAAAAUAUGAAUUAACUUUGGACGAUUUAAAACCACGUGUGUUUAGAUAUUGAGUUGUUUUCUUACUUUUACCUAACAAAUUGCUUUAAGAUAAGGAUAUAUUUGCAUUACGAGCUGUUAAAGUGUUUAUUAAAAGGGUUUCACUGCCUCACUGGAGCACAUGCGGUGUAUUGUGCUACACUGUGUACUCUGUGUUGUCUUUAUCGUCACUACAAUGUACCUUCUGUGCUUUCCCCUCGCUGUGCGGAUAGAAGAUCGUCCAACUCGUAGACUGUAUAAAGAAGUGGACUAAGCGAGUGUGACAUCACCCACGGCGUUCGGCUCCAGUUGAACGAAGCCUGUCGAGGUUAGCGGUCUUGAGAGCCGAGUUUCUUAUUAAGAAUUAGGAAUAUUAGAAAAAAGCCAAUCAGGAUCGACCGCAGGAGUGUAGAACGGGUUAAUACGAACAUUUUAAGACCAAAAUGACGAGUCUGACAGCAGCAGUUACAGAGAGAGGAGCCACAGAUUUUCAAUAGAAAGUGAAUUGAAGCCAGAGUCGAUGGAGCUGGACGUGCACCCACUUCCUGCGCUCACUUCCUGUUUGGAACGUGGCAGCUAGCGGGUUAGCUAUGUCCAUUUAUAUAUACAGUCUAUGCACAAAGAUGCCCAAAGUGUUUCUUAUUUCAUUAUUAUUAUUGUUGUAUUCUAUGUGAGUUUUACAAGUGAUGUUUUCAAAGUGGUGAAUCAUUUCUGUGUAAAAUAAUUCACAGUUAAUCUAUGGAGCACAUGCAGUUUGCAUCUGACACUGUUUGACUUUUCAUUUAAUUGGUUUUCAGACUGUGAUAUCUCUGAGUUGAUACACAGGCUUAAUUAAAAUGGAAUUAUUGCAAUGAUAUGAAAUUUAUAAAACUUUAAAAUGAUGAUGAACUUUAACUUUACUCUUUAGUUUAGUUUUGAUUUACAUUCAGUGUCCCUGGGAUACAGAACGCAAACUUCUUCGAUACUUUACGAAGAUGUGAGUCUGGUCGCCGGUGAAUCUUCUCUGUUUUCAAAUGGGCGUGAUUGACAGGUGGAACAGCCAAUCAGGGACGCUCAUGGCUUGUUCGUGUUAGAAAUAAUAAAGGAAAAAAAAAUAGGACAAGGGGCAAAAAACAUGAUGGAUUUCUGCAGAACCAACAAGCGAAACACUAUUAAUCCAACGUGAGAUAAAUGUCAUUUUAAUUGUAAAUCGUACGCGACCAAUGAGCUCCUUUGUUUCACACGUGUCACUGAAAAAAACAACACAGAUCUGAUUGGGCGAUCACGUUUUACCGAGGCCGCAGAGGGCAUGGGAACCAGAUUGAUAUUGAUCUGUUUAAAAACAUAGAGAGGAUUUGCCAGUCAGAUAUUCAGCAGGUCAGGGGUCUCCAAACUUUUUCUCCGGAGAUUUACUUUUACAAAAUGGAAAAUGGUGGUUAGCGGUUACAGGAAAUGAAUAAUGUAAACAGCUAGCCUUAGAUGGGUCAGUUAGAUGGUUAAAAACAUGAAUCAUUAUGUUAGUGUAUAAAGUCAGGCUUCAAAAGUAUAAAGGAGGAACGUGACGCAUCAAAUUUGAAUGAUUCAGUGCCAUAUGUAUCGUUUCUAAAUCAAUCAAUCAACGUUUAUUUAUAGAGCGCUUUACAACACUCAAGGUGACCAAAGUGCUUUCCAGUAAAAUCAAAUUAAAAACAAGUUAAAAUCACACUAAAACAUUAAAAUAGGAGAAUAAAAUAAACUACAUUAAUACAAAAAAUAUAUAAAUAAUGAUAAUGUGUCACAACAUUACUAAGUGUUGAAAGCCAGUCUGAAUAAAUAUGUUUUAAGCCUGGAUUAAAAAAGACCAAAGUCAAUAAUGGUGCACAUAUCAGGAGGCAGUUUGUUCCAGAGGCCCGAUCACCCCCGAUUUGGAUUUCGGACCACCAACAGUUCGGCCAGGUAGUGCGGGGCGAGGCCAUUAAGAACUUUACACACAAAAAGUAAAAUAAGUAAGUAAAUCUCAUUGGGGGCUACAAGGAAUGGUGCGGAGAGCUACGGUUAGCACACAAGCUACAAGCCGAAGAGUCCUGCGCUAUCAGCCUGUAUUUGGUCCUAAUUCUUUGGUUACUACACUGUUUUCUAUAUAUAAGUAUCUGUAUUAGUAUGAUGCAAAAGUUUAAAAGUGUUUUCAAAAGCGACCUUUGUUUUGCGUGAUAGUUGAGAUGAGAAAUUCAGCCCGACUUAACCCACCAUAUUAACAUCCCGGUCGCAUUUCACAUUUGAAUAAGCCGUUGAUGCAAUGGUAAUGGCUGAAAUUGAUUGAGUUUUCCCUUUGACAUAUCAAAAAUGUGACUGCAGCCUUCAUAUGAUGUUUGUGAGGGAAAACAGAACAGUGCCGUUCAUUUAUCAGGUUCUGCCUAAAAAUAAAAACAGGGACAUUUUGUUGGUGAAAGGCAUUUUCCUCAUCUUCCGCAUCUCGUUACAGAGAACAAGUUAACUCAAUCACCACUGGCCUCAUGCAGCAUGUGUCUAAGCCAAGGCCUUCAAACUAGUUUAAUUAAGAUAGCACGGCCAGGGAAACACAACAUUGGCUUGGAAAAAAAGAUUUGGCUACAUUUUUCUGCAAACCAAGUUAACAGUUUAAACCGUGCAUAUUUGUUUUGGUGGAUUUUUCAUUUGGACCGAUUAAACGACUUGAAUCUAAAUCUGUUCCAGCGUUAUUUCUUUGGCGUUUUCAGUCUUCAGUUCGAGAACUACAAAGGCCAGGACACAUUUUUAUUGACUUGUUUUGCUUAUUUAGAAAAAAAAAGGUUUAGAUUUGCAAUAGAUUUGUUUAUUUUACCAUUUCGCCAAGUCAUUUGUUUCUCAUUAUUUGCAAAUGCAGAUGGAAAAUAGAACAAGAAAGUGCGGUCAACAUGAGCGCUUUAAUCAAAAACUAGUUUGUCCAAGGCUCACAUAACCUUGUCGCCAUGGAGACGAGCAGACGGCAGAGCUCCGUGAAGUUUCACGCAUUUUUAGGAAUAAACAAUGGAUUAUUAUACAGGAUGUGGCUGAGGGAAAGUUAGUUUUGGCAUUUUGUACGCAUACUUUUGCAUUUUGGACUUAUUAAUACACAACUGAAAUGACGGAUACAGAUAAAGGCUCAAUAUUACGCAGUUUCCUCCAAGUGAUUACAACGCCAUAUUGAAUAGAUAGUCCUUAUAAAUCCUCAAAAUAUCCAAUCGUCCAAUCAAAUCAUCUCUUGUAAUCUCUUGGUUUGUAGAAAUGUGCAAAAUAAAUGUUGUAAACUUGGGUUGUACUUCCAUAUUUCUUUUAAAUCCAAGGACUCCACCGUUGCCAAACACCUGCGAGGAUCAGCUGAAGACAAUCAAAAAACACUUUAUAUUUUUCCAGAUAACCUUCAAUACCUCCCUGAUGAUAUAAACUG